AUGGGAAGAGAGAGAGAGAUUAUGGAAACUGAUUUGAUUGUUUUGAUGGUCUGUUGUGGUGUCUUUAUUGCGUUGGCUUUAUUGGUGCCAUGUUGUUUGGAGGAGAAGAAGAAAACAGGCACUGAUGGUUCUGUGCUAAAGCCCAACAACCAGAGAGGCAGGGCUGUAACAAGCAGCAAUGGUGACUUCAUGUUUUAUCCAGCUGCGGCAGCGUCUCUUCCUACUAUCUCUGGUUCUGGACCUUCUGGUCACCAUCACAGCGCUCAUCAUCACGGUGGUGGUGGUGGUUGUGGCGGCGGAGGGCAACAUGGUGGUGGAGGAGGGUGUGGUGGAGGUGGAGGAUGUGGUGGCGGUGGAGGAGGUGGAUGUGGUGGCGGGGGAUGA